CGUUUGUGUGUAUAUAUAGCAGAUGAACAAUGGAUUCUUGUUUUGUGUCGUCUGCGUUAGGAUGGCAUCGCAGGGCGCCUUUCUUUUUCCCACCUUCCUUUUCUUCUUCCUCGCCGGCUGCCGGACGCCGGCGGCCGGGGUCGGGAACUCGACGGAGUUCAUCCGCGAGGCCUGCGGGGGCACCUUGUACCCGCAGCUCUGCUUCAGUUCCCUGGUCGGCUACGCCGCGGUGGUCCAGCGGAGCGACGUCCGGCUGUCGCAGGUGGCGUCGAACGUCACCCUCGCCCGGGUGCGCUCCGUCUCCGCGAACGUCUCGGCGACGCUGGCGGGCGCCGGCGCGGCGGCGGGGCCGCGGCUGAGAGCAGCGCUGCGCGACUGCUCCGAAAUGCUGAGCGACGCGGCGGAGCGGGCGGGGCAGGCGGCGGAGGCGCUGCGAGCGGUGGAGAGCGCGACGGGGCCGGCGCUGGCGUGGCAGGUGUCCAACGCGAUGACGUGGAUGAGCGCGGCGCUGACGGACGAGGACACGUGCGCGGACUGGCUGGCGGCUCCGACGGCUGCAGGCGGCGGCGACUCGAAGGCCGGCGAGGUGUACCGCCGGGUGAGGGAGGUCGAGAAGCACACCAGCAUCGCCCUGGCCCUCAUCCACAAGCUCGGUUUCUGAUCGACCACCGUCAAUUACUCUCCUCUGGAAACACACGGAUCAAUAUAUGAUACACAAACUCCAUCUCUCCUCUCUGCUAAUCACUUUAUCUUCAUCCUUAAUGAUGAUUAGUACGCUUGUGUGUCGUGAUUAAUACAUGCAUAUGUGGAUUAUUUAAACAAAUCCUGCAAUUUCAGUCGUUUUUUUAUCGUGAUCAA